GGGCCAAUCGGGUUGGCUGAGGUUAGCCUGCGGAGGAACGGUCAUUUGCCUCCUUGGAGUCGGCUGAUAAGUCGUAGGUUCAUGUAUUUCAGACGACAAAAUUACAAAUGCUUCACCAGCUGUGUCAUCUCACUUCAGCACUAAGCAGACCACCUUCCUGCGUGGGUUAUGACGACGAGCUUGCCAUGGCAUCCCUUCCUCUCCUCGAAGCCUGUCCGUCUUCCAAAUCCUCACAAGCGCCUAGUUCCACUUCGCCGCGGGGCGACCGUGCAGGCCUUCCGUCCUGGCGACUGGAACGGCUUUGCGAAGCGCAUGGCCACAGGAAAGGCCUGGACGGACGCUUGGCGACGCGCCAACGAUGGAUUCGAGCUUUUUCUCUUUGAGUCCAGGAAGACUGCCGAGCGCAUCGACCGCCGGUACUCCGUCUCCGGGCGCCUUUCCUCUGCCGCCCGGGCAGCCGCUGACUACGCCCGCGAUAUUGAUCGCGAAUUUGAGAUUGCGCGCCGAUGGCGGACUUUUAGUCUGGAUUUUAGGAGGAACUGGCCACAGUACAGGAAGCAGCUCAAUGAUUUUUUUGACACUCCUUUGGGAAGAAGUUUCACUACAAUCUUCUUCGUCUGGUUUGCGUUGUCUGGGUGGCUGUUUCGCUGCUUGAUAUUUGCCACAUGGAUACUACCAUUUGCUGGUCCUCUUCUCAUUGGGACUCUUGCCAAUAAUUUGGUCAUAAGGGGGGCCUGCCCGGCUUGUAGAAGGCAGUUUGUUGGUUACAAGAACCAAAUUGUUCGUUGCACGGGCUGUGGAAACAUUGUGUGGCAGCCCCAAGGGGACUACUUCUCAAGAAAUGGAGGCAGCAAACCCCCCUCAAACUCUCAACCGGAGAUUAUUGAUGUUGAGUUCGAGGAGAAAUGAAGUCAUAUGCCAUGUGUAGAUCUCAAAUCUCAUUCGUAAAACAGAAAGCCUUCUGUAAAUCUCACUGUAGCCUCUGUUAUAUUGGUAUUCUUUUUCUUUUUCUUUUACACAAAGUGCACUUCAUUUCAAUCUUUCUCCAAAGGUGGCUUCCUUCAAAAA